AUGGACCCCCUGAGGAAGGGACUCCUCCCAGCUGAGGAGUUGAUUAGAAGCAGCCUUGGAGUUGGCAGGAGCCUUAGAGACUGCCUGAGCCAGUCCAGGAAGCUGGCUGAGGAGCUUGGGAGCAAGAGACUAAAACCAGCCAAGUUUGGGACAGAAGGGAAGGAAAGGGUUGAGCAGUGAACAGAAAGACAAAGAACAGGCAGUUCCAAAGAGCCAAGAAUGCAAAUCAUUUGCAGACACCGCUAGCAAGAGCCUCCACCAAGGCUGCUGUGGGGGUGCCUGAUGCUGUGGGCACAACCACUUCUACACGUCAUGGCAUAUGAGAAUAUAGGCCACUGGGAGAGACUCACAUCUGAGGUUUCUUCAAAAACACUGGAGCCCACAGUGAUCUCUCAUUCUUCCAUUUCUAUCACAUUUAGUCAUUACCCUCCAGCCACACCGGACUCCUUUCUUGUCCUGGAACCUAUCAAACUCUUUCCUGUCUCAAGCCUCUGCAGUCCUCUCUGCUUGAACUGUGGCUCCUGCAGAGAAAGCAUCACAAUCUCCGGGGAACUGAUUGGAAAUGCACAUUCUCCAGCCCCGCCCAGACCUCCUGAAUCAGAAACCCUGGGGUGGGCCAAGCAAGCCAUGCUUUCCGGGGCACAGGUGAUUCUGAUGUGUGCUGAAGUUUAA